GUACAUAAGUACGCAUGCGCACCAGACAUGCGUCAACUGAAGGAUAAACGGUUCAUGUUUUAGGUACAACAAAACAGAUGUAUCGAUAAAUAUAAAUUCAGUAUAAUUUUUUUUUUUAAUCGUUGUCACAAUGGCAACACCAGCUAUCCGGACGUUUCGGAGGUUAGAGGGUUUAUUCUGUGUGUACAAACCCCCUGGUGUCCACUGGAAACUGGUGCGGGACAGUGUUGAAACUAGUCUUCUUAAAGGUGUAAACACCACUCCGUCUCGGCCUCUUCCUCGGGAGAUCCGCUUCUUACCCCUUCAGGGAAAUGAGACUGGAACAGCCAAGGAAAUCACAGUGUCUGCGGCCUCUGUACCAGUGUUAUCCAAACACCCUCUGGUAACUGGACCUGAGUUCCAGAACAUUAAAGUGGGAGUAGGACAUCACCUAGAUGCAUUUUCUUCUGGUGUUCUUGUUCUAGGAGUUGGAAAUGGAAAUAAGGCCCUAAAUAAUCUCCACCAAACACGAGUCACAAGGGAUUAUACAUUAGAGGGUGAAUUUGGGACAGCGACAGAUGACUUUUCACACAAAGGCCGAGUUGUAGAAACAACCACCUACGAUCACAUUACACAGGAAAAGCUGGACAAGGUUUUGGCGAUGCUGCAGGGAGCCAAUCAAAAGGCCUUGUUAAUGUACUCCAGAGUAGACAUGCGCUCACAGGAAGCUUAUGAGAUGGCUGUGCAAGGCUUACUGGGUCCAGAAGGGAAAUCGUUGCCUAUUUUGACUGAUAUACGUUGCAUUCACUUCCAGCCUCCCAGUUUCACUUUGGAGGUGCAAUGUCUGAAUGAAACACAGAAAUAUUUGCGCAAAAUCGUGCAUGAGAUAGGACUGGAACUGCGCAGUACAGCAGUAUGUAAGGGAGUACGACGCACCAGAGAUGGCUGCUUUACUCUGCAGGACGCCCUGACACGUAACCACUGGACUGCUACAGAUAUCAUGGGUGCCAUUCAACAGUACCACGCCACAAAAAAGAACAAAAAGAAGUCUUCCCACUCAAAAAACAUGGACUCAAGAUUACAGUUGGAAGGGUUUAAAAUAACCACCAAUGAAGAAAAUGCAACUAACCAGGGAGAAGCUGUGCAUACUAUUAAAUAGCAUCAAGCCAGAUGGUAAUGUAAGACCCAUAAAUGACAUUUACAUAAAGACUGGUUAUUUGUAUUGUAUUUGUUAUUUGUCCCAGAAAUUGUCAUGUUUCCAUGUGUAUAAUACCACUUUUACCCAGAAGUAAAUUAUUUUCUAAAAAAAAAAUCCAGGCCGUUGUUAUUUUGCACAUUCUAAAUUGAACUGCUUUUGAGUCUUUACAAAGUGAAAAUUUCACAUUAGUUACAAAGUGGUUGUUAGCAUGAAUACAGCCUCAAAAGACCUCACUGGAAGAAAACAGAAAUUUCCUGGGAAGAUGAGUUCAAUUUAAACUUGAUCAAUAAAAUUAAUUAUUCAACAG